AAUAAAUCCAAAUAAUCAAAUAUGAACAAUUUUUGCCAAGAGGAGAUUUUGUUCUAAUAUGAAUUAAGGGUACAUGUAUCAUGUACAAAAUUGUUUAUUAUUUAUUUGGUCAAAGGAGACAUCAAUUAAUUUUAUUCGUUAUUUGCAUAAGUCUCGGUUUGCUUGGAAUAAAUAUAAUAGAUUAUAAAGACACAACCAUAAAACAAUACAGAGAAUUUGAAUGGAGCUCUAGAUAUGACAGUAGGAGGAUGUUCAAUCAUCCUGAUGGAGUAAUACCAGAUUUAAUUAAUAUUACCAUAAAGGACUCAAACAAGGUAUCUUGCAAUAAGCACAAAAUUAAAAAUGAAUUGACCUAUGAAGAAAUCAAAGACAUUAGUGAUAUAGCACAGAAAUAUGCUAUAUUCCUGAAAGGGUUGAAGAUACCACAAAGAAAGAAAAUGCGUGAGAUUCUAGAAGAUGUAAAUGUAACAAAUGUUUUAAUUGAAUCAUCAAUACACCAGAGUAAAGUUACUCGAGAGGUAUGCGAUGAUCAAAUACAUCACAUUUGCAGACCAUUGAUUAAAAAUUUAGAAUCGAAUUUACAGGAAAAAUUUAUUUUACCAUUUGAGAACUUUUUUAAGCCAUUUUCAGAACUAAAACACACCAAAUUCUUCCAAGAAUUGCAAGACACAUUGGAAUUAUUUCCAACAAAAAUUGUACACAGUAUUGGCAUCACUUAUCUUUACAUCCCAUCAUUUAUCAAUUGGAUGGUGGUUGCUAGGCAACUGUGCACCCCACCUAUUGGUGAAAAAAUACUUGUAUAUACUCAGGAUAUUGAAGUUUGUGAAUUUCUGAAUGACAAGAAAAUAAACGUCAUCUGCUUACAUUAUGACAUUGAUGAACUACGUACGACUGAUAAUGUCACAGUUAAAUUCUCCUCACGGAAAGAAAACACAGAGCAGCGUCAGAUGAUGUGGAUAGCCCGGGUGUUGCUAUGGCGAUUGGUAAAUUAUCUUGGAUAUGAUAUUGUGACAUUUGAUACUGAUGCGUUACCUAUCCAUCACCCAAGUGUUGUAUUUGACAAGUUUCCUGGGGCAGAUUUGAUUGGUUCCCAGAAUGGCCGUUACCCUGGUUACCUGUAUACUUUUUGGCAACUGAGGACAAUUAAUAUGGGGGUGGUGCUUAUGAGAUCAUCCCUAAAUAAUACAAUAUUCUGGGACAUUGUUGGGAAAUUAUCCGAACUGAUCAGGCCAGAUGACCAAUGCCUUUUUAACCUAGCCCUACUUUGUUUGAACACCAGGUGGCAGCACCCUCCACUUAGAUUCACGUAUACCCCUGAAAUUAAACCGUUCAGAUAUAAUGAAGAACUUAACAUGGGGAAGGUUCCCAUAGUUGGCAAUACAGACUAUGAUUUGAAGGUUAUUGGAGUUCAAGGUCAUCAGAUCUGUAGAGGUGCUUGUUCGUUGAAUCGUCUUGACGACAUCAUUGUGUGGCAUAAGUGUGCGAAACAUCGCCAAGGUCCACUCUGGUUGUUAAGCACUGAUUGGACUACAAAGGAUUUGGUUACCAAGGGAGAUCAAUGGCUUUAUCUGAUAACAAAUCAAACAUCUUUGAAAUACAUUAGAAAGUUAUAAAUGAGUAAUUAAUUAAAUUCAUAAUGGACUAGAGCUGACAGUGAAUAGGUUUUUUGGACUCAUGAUUGACGAUAACACCAAUAUUGUCUGGUCUCAUGACAUAUUCUUAAAUCGCAAGUUUUUUUAGUUUAGAAAAAAUUGUCUUUCGCAGUGAUUGACAAUCAUAUGAUGCAAUCUCUGAUUUGAACAAAUCUGUUUUAUAAAACAAAAUGUAAUUAAUUUAAUGAUCGUGAACUAAAUGUCACACCUAACAUACAU